AUGGCCAUGCUACGACCAAUUGUCCCACGAAAUGCGCGCUCCAAACGCGCUCUCGAAGCUCGCGCACCCAAAGAGGUGGAAGACGAGCGAACAGCAAUCUUUGUGCGCGGCAGUCACACCGGUCAAGUCCUCAACGGUGUCAUGAAAGAUCUUAAUGUGAUUCAUCCAUUUGAACCAGAAGGAAUGACUUCACUCGAGUUUUGGUCGGCCAAAAACGACGCGACUUUUUUCGUCGUCGGCACCUCUACAAAGAAACGACCAGACAACCUCACGCUCGUGCGAACCUUUGAUGGCAAAGUCCUCGACAUGUGCGAACUCGGUGUGCAGCGUUUUGUGCCCAUGGAAGAGUACAAAACGAAAAAAUCAACACCAGGAUACAAACCACUAAUGCAUUUUGCGUCCCCACUCUUUGAUACACACCCACGACUCGCACAAGUCCGCUCUUUACUCCUCUGCCUCUUCAACGCUGAAGCAAUCGACACAAUCGCACUCCGGGGUAUUGAGCACGUCAUAUCCGUUCAACUAGGUCCUCUCCCUCCAUCCUCCACCACGACACCACUCUCAGGGUCAAUCGACGACGACCCAUCGCUCUUCCCACCAAUCCUUCUCAGAACCUACACCAUUGCACUCAAAUCAUCAAACACCAAGAUACCCUACGUAGACUUGGUCCCCAUGGGUCCCUCGCUCGACCUCGUGCUCAGAAGACACAUGCAGCCAGAUCCAGUCCUCCUAGCAGCCAGCCUCAAGCGUCCCAAGCUCGCUAAAAGGGACGUGGAGAGUGGUUUGGGCGACAAGAAAAAGAUGCGCAACAAAGAGGUCGACGAGAUGGGCGACCUCCGUGGUCGCAUCCACAUUGCCAAACAAGACUUGUCAAAGUUGCAAACACGCAAAGUCAAAGCGCUCAAACGCGGCUUAGAAAAUGUCCAAGACGACGACAGCGAUGUCUCGAUGGACUCUACACCUCUUUUGGACCAAGAGGACAAUCAGAUGGACGUCGACUCUCCCAGAAAGAAACGCAGAAAGGUAUAA